AUGGUGGCAUUGCUUCGAGAAAAGAUUUGGAUAAUAAAUGCCAAAGAAGCUAGCCAAAAGGUUGUGCGACAAUGUAUUUAUUGCUUUAAGUACAAACCGAAAUUACUUACCCAAAUCAUGGGUAUUCUACCAGCGGAUCGAUUGCGAGCGCAACGACCGUUUUUAGUAUGUGAAGUAGAUUUCUGUGGCCCGGUAAAUACCACUCUUAAAAUUCGUGGCCAGCCGCCGAAUAAAACUUAUAUUUGCGUUUUUGUUUGUUUCGCCUCCAAAGCUGUACAUAUUGAAUUAGCUUCUAAUUUGUCGUCUGAAUGUUUUAUUCUCGCCCUCAAAAGGUUUAUCUGUUGCCGAGGGAUUCCGAAGACGAUGUAUUGCGACAACGGAACAAACUUUUUCGGAGCUCGGACGAUCUUGAGGGAGAUUCAAGAGGAGAUGGAGAGAGGCGCAGAAGCCGUUCAACGGUACGCGGCAGAGGAAGGCUUUAGCUUCGCCUUGAUACCGCCCAGGGCACCGCAUUUCGGAGGCCUAUGGGAGGCGGCGGUCAAAGCGGCGAAAACGCUGUUACAGCGUACCGUGGCCAACGCACUCCUUACAACCGAAGAGCUGCUCACCGUGGUGAUCGAGGUCGAGGCAAUCCUCAAUUCAAGGCCAAUCGCACCGCUUAGCGCCGAUCCCAAUGACGGAGAAGCCCUCACACCAGCGCAUCUGCUAAUAGGCAGCAGCUUACGAUCGCUGCCCCCAGAACCAGUGCCGGAAUGGCAAACGGGCUGCUUGAAAAGAUGGCAGCUUCUAUGCUGGCUCAAGCAGCAGUUCUGGCAGAAGUGGUCCAGGGAGUAUCUGCUUGGCCUACAAGCGCGAUCCAAGUGGGCAAACUCGUCCUUAUCCACGAGGACAACUCACCACCUCAGCGGUGGAAAACAGGACGAGUUAUAG